AUGAUGAACUUUUUCGGCACCAAAGGUUUUGGUGGCCAACAAGAACAGAAUGCCUCUAAUCAACAAGCUCCGGUACACUACCAACAGCAGCAGCAACAAUCACAACAGCAGCAGCUGCAGCAUUCUCAACAGCACCAUUAUAGACACCAGCAUCAGGGCUCUGGUACGGAAAAGUCUAAACUAGCUACAAAUGGUCUUUUUCCUACUUUUACCACCCAGACGGCAACGCCUACGACGGCCGUCAGCGAAAACUCUUACGCAAUGGGAACUACAGGACUAGCUUCCACACAAUCUGAUAUCGCUCUGGCGCAGAUGAAAACAAUGAGUAACCAGAAAGAGGCACAAUCACAGCCUACAAAAGCUCAGUACCAUGACUCUUCGCAGUCUCAUUUGAGUCCUGAUCAGCCUCCUUUUCCUUCUUCGGAGUAUAAAGAUGAGCAACUGGGGCAUACAACUCGUGAACAGCAACUCUGUGCUAAAACCUCCGAUGGGAACACGUCUGAGGAAAGAGACGUGGUGACAAACCUAAAAUCUGACCCACAGGAAACGGGAGUUCCUAGAGGAAGACUUGAAGUGAGGAUCGCGGAGGCGCAGGGUCUGUUUACGCGAUCGAGUCAGUCUCAACCAUACGUGGUCUGUACCUUUGAAAGCUCAGAAUUUAUAUCUGAAGGGCCUGAAUCGCUAACGGUCAAUGGAGCCACUGGUUGGAGAGGCGAGCCAUCUUUAGAAGCGGAGAAGAAGGGCAAGAAGCCACUCUAUACACGCCAAUCAUCUUCGCAACUGGACAAAUUGAACUCAAAGGUUCUUGCUUCAGACAACAAUUGUGCCAACCCAAUAUGGCAUCAUGAAACCACAUUCGAUGUGUUGGGCGCUCAUUCGGAGCUUGACAUAUCAGUGUACGAUGCUGCUCAUGAUGAUAUGUUUUUGGGUCAGGUGCGCCUACGUCCAGACUUAAACACAUCUGCGACUUCUAAGCAUGAACAGUGGUACAAAUUGCAAAGCAGAAUCAUUGGCGAGAGUGUGUCUGGGCUUAUCUUGAUCAAAUGGACGUUCAAAUCCACGAAGAAGCGCCACUAUGGACCCCAGGAUUUCGAAGUUCUUCGCUUACUUGGUAAAGGAACGUUUGGUCAGGUUUACCAAGUACGGAAGAAGGAUACUAAAAGAAUCUAUGCCAUGAAGGUUUUAUCCAAAAAAGUUAUCGUAAAGAAAAACGAGAUAGCUCACACAAUAGGCGAGAGGAACAUUCUUGUGCAUACCGCUUCCAAGCUUUGUCCCUUCAUUGUAGGGCUCAAAUUUUCUUUUCAAACAUUGAGCGACCUUUAUUUGGUUACGGACUAUAUGAGCGGUGGUGAAUUGUUUUGGCAUUUACAAAAGGAAGGGAGAUUCACUGAAGACCGUGCGAAAUUUUAUAUUGCAGAAUUGGUUCUUGCCCUCGAAUAUCUACAUGAAAACGAUAUUGUUUAUCGUGAUCUGAAGCCGGAGAACAUUUUACUAGAUGCAAACGGGAAUAUCGCACUGUGCGAUUUCGGACUAUCAAAGGCCGAUUUGAAAGACCGCACAAACACGUUCUGUGGAACAACCGAGUAUCUUGCUCCGGAGCUACUUCUAGAUGAGAGUGGUUACACCAAGAUGGUUGAUUUUUGGUCCCUGGGUGUCUUAAUCUUUGAAAUGUGCUGUGGCUGGUCACCAUUUUUCGCUGAAGACAAUCAAAAAAUGUAUCAAAAAAUCGCUUUUGGUAAAGUCAAGUUUCCUCGCGAUGUUUUGUCGCCUGAAGGACGUUCUUUUGUCAAAGGUUUAUUGAAUCGUAACCCCAGACACCGUCUGGGUUCCAUCGAUGAUGGCAGAGAGCUGAGAGCGCAUCCUUUCUUCGCAGAUAUCGAUUGGGAAGCUUUGCGACUCAAAAAAAUCCCUCCUCCUUUCAAACCUCAUUUGGCAGGCGAAACAGAUACCUCCAACUUCGAUCCAGAGUUUACCCAAGCUUCUACUUCCUACAUGAACAAGCAAGCGAUCGCCGUGACACCUUUGUCGCCGGCCAUGCAAGCCAAAUUUGCUGGUUUUACCUUUGUGGACGAAUCUGCCAUGGACGAACAUUACAAUAAUAACUACAACAGCCGGAAAUUUUUACAGAACUCGUAUUUCAUGGAGCCCGGGUCCUUCAUCCCGGGCAAUCCAAACCUACCUGCCGACGAGGAUGUUAUCGAUGACGAAAUCGAACAAGACGUCGAACUCGACCCCAGCAAAGCCACAAGUGUGCACGAGCAAGUGGACUAUGAUGGUGACCAUCAUAUGGACGACGAGUUUGUCAGUGGUCGUUUUGAGAUAUAA